GGCUGGCCGGCGGGGCGGACUGGCUGACUGUGCCCACCCCCCCCGGAUAGCGAGUCCUCCUUCCCCACUGCAAGCGCGACUAGCUCGCCGCACGGUGUUCCGCCCCCCUGCGGCGGCGCCCGUCUAGCUGAGGCCCGGCCAGUGCACGGUGCUGCUAUUGCUGCUGCUGUUGUUGUUGCUGCGGGAGUGAAACGGGACAGGCCCGCGCGUGUGCGGGCUCGCGAGCGAGCGCCGCGCGGGGUCAAGAUGGCGGACGGCUGCGCCUGGAUUCUCGUGCUCGGGUCCGUGCUGCUGUGCAACCUCGUCAAGGCGCUCCUGCCCACCGUCUCCUCCCUCCUGUCCAGGAUCCUGCAGAAGGACGCUGAGCAGGAGACGCAGAUGCGCAUGGAGAUCCAGGACAUGAGGCAGGAGCUCUCCGCCAUCAGCAUGAUGGACGAGUUCGCCCGCUAUGCCCGGCUCGAGCGCAGGAUCAACAAGAUGACGGACAAGCUGAAGACCCACGUCAAGUCGCGGACCGCUCAGCUGGCCAAAAUCAAGUGGGUGGUGAACAUCGUUUUCUACAUCCUGCAGGCCGCUCUGAUGAUCUCUCUGAUCUGGAAGUACUACGCUGACCCGGUGAUGGUCCUGCCCAGCAAGUGGAUCGCGCCCCUGGAGCGCCUGGUGGCCUUUCCGUCUGGCGUCACAGGUGGCGUGGGGAUCACAUGCUGGCUCGUGGUAUGCAACAAAGUGGUUGCCAUUGUUCUUCAGGCUUUCGGCUGAGGACAGACCACAGUCCGCUCCCCCCCAAAACUGCUGGAUCCUUCUGCAUGGAGACACCUCAACUCCAGAACGUACAGUUUUUCUUUUGGGUUUGUCGAAUUCCAGUGUUUUCCAAGACCCUCCCGGGCCUGCUGGCUGAGUGUUGGGGGAAGAGCCCGAGCUUGUUCUGGAGAACUAGAGAGGCCUUCUUGUCCUCAACUACGGCCACUGACACCGCUGACCAGGACUGGGGAGUGUGGAAAGGAACUGUAGCUUUCUGGAAUCUGAGACACUUUUUCAAGGUUUAUUGUUUCUGCAAAGUUACCAGGAUACAAAAAGAAGUUCCUGAGGAAGCAACACUUUUAGUCUCAACCUGACCAUUUUGUGUACAUGUGCAUUGUGUUAUUGUGUCUGUUUUUAGUAAUGUAAAGUAAAUGGUAGUUAUUUGUAGUUUUGUUGAAAAUGCAUUCACUUUGAAAUGAACACAUCAACUACUGGAAUGUGAAUGUGAAAUGUAUCUAGUAGAUUAAACUCUACAGUAACUGCCUACACUAACACAGACUUGUUGGAAAGGAUCAAAUUAAUAUAAGGUUAGUUUAUAAGAUAAAGGUCUUCCUGCCAGUUUUGUCUUGAUUCAGGAAUCACACCCCUGCACUGGUUGUGCUGGCGAUGCUGACAAAAUGAUAGGUGUAUCUUAACACUAGAGCGGUGCAGUCUGGAGUUCAGCAUCAUCCAAGCCAAUACAGACUCGGGAAGGGUUCUCGUGGUUUGUUUCUGCUGUCCGUCUCAGCCCGGUGUCUUUGCUGAGUUUUCAGGACUGUACCAGUGUGUUUUUUUUCAGCGUGUGACAUGUUUUCCCUGUGCACCAAUAAACCAACUACAAAAACA